AUGAUUGGUUUUACAGUUGUGAUUCUUGAUGUGUACAGUGUGCUGCACAUAGAGUAUCUUUUGCUUACGAAUAGCUACAAUGUUUGGCACUAUUGUUCGGCUGGUUUGUUUGGAUGGCAAAAUAACAUAGCCUAUGUUUUGCGCAGUGAAGUGCGCAAAACAGCACGUGCUCUUUCCAAAAAUGCUUCUAAGCACUGUCCUACAGAAGAUGUUCUUGUUGCUGCUAUAGGCCGACAAUUACCGACAGAGCCUUUCAUACUUUCAGAGCCUUUCUACUGUGAUAAAUGUGGUGCGAAAAAGUUUAUGUUUGAAUCCUUGCAUUUUUGUUGUAGAAAUGGGGACAUAGAAAUAGCUGCACCUGAGUAUCCUUCUGAACUUGUUUACUUGUUCACUUCAAAGGACGAAGUCGCUGUGCAUUUCAAGAAAUAUGCUAGACUGUACAAUAAUUUAUUCGCAUACAGUUCUCUUGGGGGUCACUAUUAUGCAAGUACUUACAAAGGGAUUUAUGUGUUCAAAUUGCAUGGCCAAAUGUAUCAUUUUGUGCCACACUUAUUGGCUAAUGAUAAUAGUCCGAAAUAUCUAAAGUUGGACAGAGUUAUUCAUGCGGAUACAACAAUUGUUCUUAGUAAAAACCCAGUACUUGAUCAGCGUGUUUAUAAUGCUCCAUCUGUUGAUGAUGUCGCUGUAAUUUGGCCAGAAAAUGCUUCAUCUAGCCAAACCUUGGGCCCUCAUAUAUUAGUAACUGGACAAUCUGAUGAGUCUCAUAGAAUCUAUCAUAAUUAUGGUUGCUAUGAUCCUCUUCAAUAUCCUCUGUUGUUUCCUCGAGGAGAAUGUGGCUGGACUCAGGGUCUUAAAAAGAAUUCUCAUCCGAAUAGGAGAGCGGCAGACUCGCUUCCUGAUCCUAUAAUGUCUUGCGCCGUUCAUACUGCUGCAGAAUUAAUAGCUGAGGAAGAAACACGUGCAAAGAGGCAUAACACUAGAGCAGACAAGUUUAUUUCUGCCAGAGAAUACUAUGCGUAUAAGUUACAGAUUAGGCCAAAUAACAUGCUUUUACGAGCAGGGCGAUGCUUUCAGCAAUAUAUAGUCGAUAUGUAUGUCAAGAUUGAAAAUACAAGGCUUGAUUACUUUCGCAACAACCAGGAAUCAAUAAGGGUUGAUCUGUAUAAAGGUAUUUUGGAUUCACUUGAUUCCGGUGAAACUCUUGGUUAUAAUGUUGGUCGUAGAGUUAUCUUACCUCCGACUUAUAUUGGUGGGCCUCGGGAUAUGAAGAAACGGUACCUAAAUGCUAUGGCUUUAGUGCACCGCUUUGGUAAACCCGAUCUUUUUGUUACUAUUACCUGUAACGCUAAUUGGCCUGAAAUAAAAAAUGAGCUUGCUACUGGUGAGACAGCACAAGACAGACCGGAUUUAGUUGCUAGAAUUUUCAGAGCCAAAGUGCUUGCACUAAAGAAAGAAAUCAUGGAGAAAAAAGUAUUUGGAGAAGUUGCUGCAAUGGUUUAUGUAAUCGAGUUUCAAAAAAGAGGUUUGCCUCACGCUCACUUCUUAAUUAUUCUCAAGCCUAAAUACAAGUUGAAGUCUCCAGAUGACUAUGAUCGUUUUUGUCCAUGUAUGCGCAAGGAUGGCCUUAAGCUAAGCUGUAAGAAUAAGUACCCUAAACAGUUUUGCAGUGAAACAACUAAUACUAAAGAUGGUUAUCCUGUCUAUCGGAGAAGAGAAACUGGAGAAAGGGUAACCAUAAGAAGUGCACAGCUAGACAACCAAUGGGUUAUUCCUUACAAUCCCUAUCUUUCUUUGUUGUUUGAUUGCCAUUUGAACGUUGAAGUAUGUUCGACAAUCAAGGCAGUUAAGUAUUUAUACAAGUAUAUAUAUAAAGGGCGUGAUAGAAUUUCAUACAAUGUUGUGCCUUCUACUGCUGAGUCUGUAGAUGAAAUUGACCAAUAUCAAUCAGGGAGAUGGGUAUCUCCUUGUGAAGCUGCAUGGAGAAUAUUCAGUUUUGAUCUGUUCGAAAUGUAUCAUGCGGUUCUACCCUUGCAAGUUCAUUUACCUAAUAUGCAAACUGUUCACAUUCACCCUCAUGAAAGGCUGCGUUCUGUUGUUUCAGACUCUAAGCGGUCAAGAACUCAGCUAACUGAAUUCUUUGCAAUGAAUGCUACUUCUGAAUAUGGACUAGGAUAUUUGUAUGAAGGAGAACGAUUCUAUCUUAGAUUGCUGUUGUUAAAUGUGAAAAGUCCUAAGUCCUUUGAAGCUUUGCGUACUGUCAAUGGUUGUCUUUACCCGACUUUUCAGGAAGCUGCUCUAAAGCUUGGCCUUGUAGAAGAUGAUGACGCAGCUAAUUCAACAAUGGCAGAGGCCUACUUUUCUCACAAGUUUCCAAAUCAGCCAUUGAAAAUACAACAACUUACUGUCAGAGCAGUAGAACAGCACCUUGAGGCCAUGGGAAAAUCUCUUGCGUCCUUUGGUUUGGAGGAAUUAAAUUCCCAGUUUAGUGAUGAGUUCAGACGUACAAAAGACAUUUUAGAUGCUCUUGAUGCGCCAAUACCAGAAGAAUGCUUAAGCUGCCGUUCAAAAUUGAACCUUGCGCAGAAUGCUGCUUUUGAAAGCAUAAUGGAACAUGUUAUGCAGCAAAAGAGUGGAGCUUUCUUUAUUGAUGGUCCUGGAGGUACAGGGAAAACUUUUCUGUACAAUGCGUUGUAUGCACAGAUACGGCAAAUGAACAAGAUUGUUUUACCUAGAGCUACAUUGGGAAUUGCCGCAGCAAAUAUUCCUUCGGGCAGAACUGCUCACUCACGAUUCAAGAUCCAAAUUAAUGAUGAAGGUUCUUUAGCAUGCGAUGUUCCAAAACAAGGUAGUUUAGAAGCAUUGUUAAAGGAGACUACCCUGAUAAUAUGGGAUGAGGCUUCAAUGGCUAAAAAGAAAAAUCUAGAGUCUUUAGACCUUCUACUACAAGAUAUCUGUGGGAAUAAGCUGUUGUUUGGAGGAAAAGUUGUUGUUUUUGGAGGUGAUUUUAGACAAGUUUUUCCAGUAGUUCCUCGGAAAACUAUGAAGGAAGCAGUUGAAGCAAGCAUUGUGACUUCGUAUCUGUGGCCUAAGUUCAUCAAAUUUAGAUUGACGGAAAACAUUAGGGCAAGAGAAGAUCCAUUAUAUUCUGCUUUUCUACUUGCUUUAGGUAAUGGUGAAUUGCAACAAUCAGAAAAUGCCUUUAUCGAGCUACCAGAACAGACUGCACAGUGCGAUAACAAUUCCACAGAAAUAGUAGGAGUUGUUACAGAAGCAACAUUUCCAGAAGUUGUUAAUGGGAAGUUUGAUUGUGAAGUUUUUGCUCAGAAGGCAAUUUUAACGCCUAUGAAUGACGAUGUGGAUUCAAUAAACACCUUCAUGAUUGAGCAAUUCCCUGGACAGGCUGUAACGUAUAAGAGCUUUGAUGCAAUUCUAAAUGAUACAUGUAGUAUAUAUCCUACUGAAUUCAUUAACAAGCUAUGCCCCGGUGGAAUGAGUCCUCACGAGCUUGUUUUAAAGGAAAACUGCCUUGUUAUACUGUUAAGAAAUUUGCUGCCAUCUUCAGGUUUAUGCAAUGGUACCAGGCUAAUCUGCAAGAAUUUUUUCCCAAAUGUAAUUCACUAUGUUAUAGCCGUUGGCCACUACAAAGGGGAAAAGGUGUUCAUACACAGAAUCAACUUAAGGCCUUCUAGCUCUGUUAAUUACCCGUUUAUGUUUGAAAGGAAACAGUUCCCUAUUAAACUAAGCUUCGCUAUGACAAUUAACAAGUCUCAAGGGCAAACUCUAAACCAAGUAUCCAUUUAUAUUCCACAGCCGUGCUUUUCCCAUGGGCAACUUUAUGUCGCAUUAUCGCGGGCCAAGAAAUCCAAAGAUGUUCGUGUUUUCACAAAAAAUGCUGGAAACCAGUGUUCUGCAAAUGCUGUUAAGAAUGUCGUUUCUUAUGCCCUUUUACGUCUAGCAGAAAUGGGUGAGGAGGCUACUAAAGUUGCUGUACCGAAGUUGGUUUUCAAAAAGCAGAAGAGGGAGGAAGAAUGGGCUUGGCCAGGAAAUGUUCAGAAGAAGAAGAGAGUUGAAAUCAGGAAGCUGAUCACUAACUACAGCAGUAAAUUUGAUCACAUUAAAUAA